AUGACGCGGAGAUCAUUCAGCGAGUGGCGACUCUCCGCUGCGGAUGUGCCACCACCUCGCUUCACGCCACACCCAGUUGCUGCACUCACUCAGACGCCGCCCAACGGAACCGAAAAAAAUGCAAAAUACAUCACACUGUUCCCAAAUUCCUGUCCAGCUAUAAACACCGCGGGCAAAAUCUGUACGCAACAGCUCCCCAAGCUAGGUCUCAAGGGAUGGAAGCAGCAGAGGCCGCUGUGCUGCUCCACGUCAAUCACAUGCAAGCACGUAUUGAUGCCUCCUUCGGUGAUCGAAGUGCGCGACAUGGUGCACGAAGCGAGCCUGCUUGAUACAUCGCGCCUGUGCUACGUGCAAGGCCUAAGCCUGUGCACUUUUACGCUCGCACCUCGCGCCACCAAUGAGACGAAAAUCUCUGCCGAUAAUCUCUGGUUUAAAGCUUUCCGCCACCGAAAAAUAACUGACGAGGCCGACAAUGACACCGCAAGGGCUACGAUUCUUCGGAUGGUGCGCAGGGAGCCGGCCGCACAGGUUCCACCGUGUGGGAACGAAAGCCGGGUGCUUCAGCCGAAUUUCGAACGUGCCGCCGUGCCGUGUCUACACUCCCUACCAAUGCUCCUGCCAUGGGGUUUGGUGUUUUGUUUUCGUGACCUCAAAUCUGUUCUCAUCGGCUGUCCUGAGAGGCCAAGCCUCUUUGUGACCGGAGCAGGUAAUGAGAAUCCACCUAUAGUACACUCCUCGGUGGAAACACGAGAUCAUAGUAAGACCCCUCAAUCACAAAACAAGCUCUCCCAGGCGUUCUGGGCUCUGGGCGAUGCCAGAAGCUCUACCUGGAAGUACACUGUCCAACCUGCCAUAUCCACAUCUCCUUAUCAGUUAUACCAAGUUUCCGAGGAUCUAAUCCACUGGGAAUAUCACGAUUUCGUGAAGCAGACCCAUCCUCAGUCCUCGGGAAUCCACUGCUUCAUUGUUGAUAAUCUUUCAACCCCUCCUCCUCUGCCUCCGUCCAACUUCCUGAACCACUUUACUUAA